AUGCAUUUCCCCACUGUCUCCGUACUCCCUCUUUCCCUUAUCCUCUCCACAGCCAUCCCCGCUCUCGCUCAGACAUCCACAUCAUGUGAUCCUACCAAGAAAUCCUGCCCAGCAGAUACCGCCCUCUCCUCGUCAACAUACACGCACGACUUCACUAAGGGUGCCGACGAUGACAACUGGAAAGUUACCGCUGGUGACAUCUCUUACACCAGCAAGGGCGCGGAGUUCACAAUCAACAAAGCUGGUGACGCACCAACGAUUCAAUCACAAUGGUACAUCUUCUUUGGCAGCGUGAGCUUCAUCAUGACAGCUGCGCCGGGUACGGGUGUGGUCAGCAGUGCGAUUCUUGAGAGUGAUGAUUUGGAUGAGAUCGACUGGGAGUGGUUGGGUGGAGAGCCUGCAAAUGUUCAGACAAACUAUUUCGGAAAGGGAAACACAACAACCCACGACCGUGAAGCCGACGCCGCUGUCACUGACACACAAGGCACAACCCACAACUACACCAUCCACUGGACCUCUGACUCUACAUCAUGGCUCGUCGACGACAAAGUCGUCCGUACCCUCCAGUUCGCCGAUGCAAAUGGCGGUAGCAACUACCCUCAAACCCCUAUGAACGUCCGUAUUGGUAUCUGGGCUGGAGGCGACCCAAACAACGCCGAAGGCACAAUUGAGUGGGCUGGUGGCGAGACAGACUACAGCAAAGCACCUUACACCAUGGUCUUGGAGAAGGUCGAGGUCAGGAACGAGAACCCUGGAAGCAGCUACUCCUACGGCGAUAUGACUGGUGGUUUUGAGAGCAUUGUCACCGAUGGAAAGGGUAGCAAUGCGAAGAAGAGUGACACUGAAGAGGGAACAAAGUCCUCUUCUGCUUCUGGCUCUGCUACCGCUUCCGCUUCUGGUUCUGCUAGCCCAUCGGCCACGGUCAAUGUAGCUGGUGGUGUGGGUGGAGAGUGGGCUUCGGCCAUUAGCAACAGUACUGGUGCAUCAACCACGGCAAGCAUGGCUACUUCGGCAAGUGCUACUGGAAGUGCUACGGGAAGCGCCGCGGCGGCUGAGAACACUAACUCUGGUGCCGUGACGAGCAAGGGUUUGGGCAGAAGUCUUCUUGUUCUGGCUGGUGCGGCCAUGGUAAUGUUGUAG